GUCUUUACGCACCUUCAACGACGUCAAUAUCAAAUAAAAGUUUUACUUUAUAAACUUUGUGGAUCCAUAAACAAAAGAUCAUCGAAGAGUUGUUAAGGGCGGACGUGAGCUGAGAGAUAUUUGAGAAAUAGAUAAACAUCGCAUUUUCAAACCAUUGUUUUGAAAUAAGAUAAAAUGAGCAAGGUGUGCCUCUUGCUGGCCUUGUGCGGUUAUGCACAAUGUCUCACGCAGGGCAGUUUCCAGGCUCAAGGCUUCUUCAGUGGCUUCGCUCACCCCUUCCAGCAGCCCGGAUCAGGGGCCGAGUUCGCAAGACUCAUAGCUACAGGCUCAACGGCACAGAGGCUACCAGUCAAUGGAUUUGGCAGCCCGUUGGAACAGUACCAAGAUCAAGGAGAUGGAACCAUUCCGAGUUUCAGCAACCCACCUCCUCCGUUGGGAUCUGGUCAGGAUCCCGCCACCCGAACGUGUGGGCUGGCCCCACCCGUGUGUACCAAGUCACGGUAUAGAACCAUCGACGGGUCUUGCAACAAUCUGGCCAGACCAACUUGGGGAGUUCCCCAAACGCCAUACGGAAGAUUGGUGCCUUAUAAAUACGGAGACGGUAUCAGCUCGUGGCCUGUAGCAGCUUCUGGGUUACCACUCCCCAACGCCAGGGAGAUAAGUGUGCGUCUCUUCCCAGACAGGCAAUUGAUCGACCCACUGUUCAGUUUGGUUACCCAACAAUGGGGUCAGAUCAUUACCCACGACAUGUCUCUUACUGCCGGAGUCGCACAGACACGAAGUAAUGAAAGCUCGUAUGGGGCUUCGCCAAGGAAGGGUGAUAAGGACAUGGUCACAUGCUGCGACGACAACGGCCAAUUGGCACCGGACGCAGGGACUAAUCCUACGUGUGCACCCAUCCUGAUCCCACCCAACGACCCGGUGCAUGGACCUCAAGGCACUCGGUGCAUGAACUUCGUCAGGACUGCUAGCACUCGUUCCAGAGGAUGUUCACCUCCCAACGUACCCGCUCAACCAAUAACAACAGUGACAGCUUACAUGGACAUGUCGCUCGUAUACGGCAGUAGUGCCACACAGGCUGCGCCCCUUCGAGCCCUCCAGGGCGGCCGGCUGCUAACCGUGGUGAGACGAGGCCGCGAGUGGCCCCCACAAGACCCAAAUAUCACUCUCACUUGUGAAUCUGCUCAAUCACCCAAUGAACCGUGCUAUUUGACCGGUGACAUCAGGGUCAAUCAGAGUCCCCAGCUUGCCGUGCUGCAAGUCAUAUUGAUGCGUGAACACAACCGCAUAGCGGACACCCUCGGCAGCCUCAACCCGCAGUGGGGUGACGAGAUCAUAUUCCAGGAAGCUCGCCGUAUACUCAUCGCCAUAACUCAGCACAUCAACUAUUAUGAAUACUUGCCAAUUUUGUUGGGUCACGAUAACAUGAUAAAGAACAAACUCAUUUACCCCGGAGUGCAUGGUUACGUGAACGACUACAACCCCAAUGUGGACCCUUCUGUGUUAGACGAACACGCCACUGCCGCCUUCAGACAUUUCCACACUUUGAUCAGAGGAUUCUUGAAGCUUUUUACGGAAUCCAGAGCAUUGCGAGGUUCCGUUCGUAUCAGCGACUGGUUUAACCGUCCCCUCAUACUUGAGCUCAACAACGCUUUUGAGGACUUAGCUCGAGGAUUCACCGUUCAAUCGCAAGACUACAGCGAUCAGUUCUGGGACAGCGAAAUUACUCAAUUCCUUUUCAAGCGUAACAACACCUUCGGCGGGGACUUGCGAGCGACCGACAUACAGCGAGGCAGGGACCACGGUCUCGGCUCAUACGUGGCGACCAGAGCGGCCUGUGGCCUACCAGUGCCAAAAUCAUUCCACGACUUAUUGGACUUCAUAUCUCCUGAAAACGUGCGAGUCCUUCAAAGCAUGUAUCAGAGCAUCCUGGACGUGGAGAUCGUGGUGGCCGGUUCCCUGGAACACAACGUACCUGGCGCCCUAGCGGGGCCGACGUUCCUGUGCAUCCUCACAGAGCAGUUCUAUAGGACCAGGGUCGGAGACAGGUUCUUCUAUGAGAACGGUGCUGACCAGGAGAUCGCUUUUACACCGAGUCAAUUGGAUUCUAUCCGGGAAGGAGCAUCCAUUGCUCGGCUAAUCUGCGACAACGCUGAUGGAGUUCGAGCUAUGCAGCCUAGAGCUUUCGAACGUAUUGGCCACGGGAAUCAGUUAGUCAGCUGUGAUGCACUACCUUUCGUCGACCUCACGUUAUGGCAAGAAUCUAGUUAUGUGAAAAAGUAAUGACCUUGUCAAGUAGAUUUAGUUAGUAGUCUAGUUGGCGAUUUUUCCUCCAUUAUCGAUUUACUAUUUAAAUUUUUUUGAUGGAUUCAUAAUGGAGUGGCAAAAUCGACCUCUCACUGUAAACUAAUCGCUAGAAAUGCACUAAAAGUUACCAUAAAAACUAACUUUAUUUUAAAUGCCUUACGAUAAUAUUAUAAAUCUUAAUAAUAUUUAAGGAAAACAUUAAAAACUCGCAUAUAUUUAUAUUAAAUUAAAGUUAGUUUUGUUAAAAAAUAACAAUGUGCUACAAGUUACUGUAUAGAAUGCAUAGUACCAAUAUUAUAAGCUUUGCAAAAUUAAUAAUCCAGAAAUGUCAAUAGGCUUAAUACUGACAUGUACUUAUUUAUAUAAAAAAUAUAGUUUAGUCUUAGUAUAACAAAAUUGACCCCAUUAGAAAUACUUAUUUGAGUAAAAGUAAUUAAGUAAGUAUAUUUAAAUAUUUAUGAGAAAAAAACUCCCCAUUAUUUUUAUGCUUUUUUUGCAUGAUCUUCCAAAAAUUUUCAUGAAUGUACAUAUUAAACAUAGACAUAUUGUAUUGUUAUAAUAAAAAAAACAAUUAUUCAAGUUAAAACCUUGAUUUUAUACUUAAAGAUAAAAUAAGUUCUGUUUAUUUAAUUCCCUUUAUUGCUAUUUCAAUGUAGUGUAUCAAAAAGUUUGACAUAUUUUUCUCUUUCCCACUCUGUUGCUAUCGUCGAUAGAUGUAAAAAAAAACUGUCAUUAAUAUACAAAUUUAUAAUUUUAGAAUAGCUAGAUUAAUGUAUCUUACUAAAUUUUAAUUUAAAAUGUAUUUUAUUCAAUUUGGAAGAGAAAAGCAAAGUAAAAGGAGCGGGGGCAUGUUGUAACAGUUACUUGCUAAUAUUUGUUUGUAUAUAAAUUGUUAAAAAUCUACAAAUACUCAUGUCUCACAAGUUUAGUCAUACACGUUUGUACAUCUCUAAAAUAGGUCGAGUGUAAUAAUUUGCCCUUAUUAACAAGUUGAAAUUGUUUCAAAAUCAAAUUACGAUACCUGCAGUAAAGUAAAUGUCGAAAAUAAUUACGAAGUGGUUAAAUAAAACACCAAGGUUCUUAUUGAAGGUUGUAUUCAAUCAAGGUAAUAAUAAGAACUGAAAAUAACUUUCGUUACAAAUUUGAUGUGACAGUUUUUGAUAAACAUAAAAUAAGUUGUACACAAUUGGAAUCUCUGUGAAUAUUUCUUCGAUCGUCUGAUACAGGCUACUACAUCUAAUGACAGACGGAUCGUAAAAAUAUUAACAUUUAUUUGCUUUAUCUUAUUAAUUUGAUUUAUAAUAUUAAAUUGUUAAUUAGUUUGAAAGCAUUAUUAAAUUCCAAAUUUUGUAGACAACCAUUAUAAAUUAUGUUAAAAAGUUCAAGGACAGAUAAAAAGUAUAUUGUUGGAAAAAUUAACAUACUCUGGUUUUGUUCAAGUACAUUCAAUUUUAUUGAAAGGUACAUAAAGCAUAGUAACAAUAAUAAGGAGGUGAUGUGAGGCCAGUAUAGGAAAUUUUUUAUGGCAUUCAUCAUUUGAAGAUUGAAAUUUAUGACAUGUUACAAUUCGCUACAUAAUUUUGUUACAAGUUGCCCUAACCCCACCCUACCGUUAUUUUCUAAAUCAAAACGAGGUUCGCGAUUAUUCCUAUUUGCUUUUUGCACAAGUAGAAGAGUACUAAAAACAAAAAAAGAUUACCUACGUAAAAGAUGCGUAUUUUCCAACAUUUGGCAGAAACGGAGAGGAUUCACGAAAUCGCUGGAUUCGGUGUCUGGUGGAACUUUGGCGGGGCUUUUGGAACAGAGUCUGUAACUUCCUGUAAAUACACGUUAGUAUGUUAGAUUAAAAACAUGUAAUACUACCUCUUGUUACAACUAGUCCCUACUCCUUUACUUUUGAGUCAGAUUUAUGGUUCAAUAUUAAGAGUAAUUUGUGAGAAUUGUAAAUAAAUUUUGUGUUUUAGAAGAACUUAUUUUAUGUGUAUACUGAAUGAGAAUAAAUGAAUGUAUGAGUAGU